AGCAGCGGCAGGGUGUUACGCCUGCGACUCCCGCUCUCUCGGUGAAUUUUUUUUUGUGAUCGUAUCUUGAUGGAAAUACCGCAGUGAAUAGGUUUCCAUUGUGUUGAUACGUCUAAAAGAGGGUGAUUUGGCGCCGAUUGCCUCUUGGUGCAUGCGUGUCGAUGAAGAUAAAGAAGAGAUCUGAAGGAUGUUAAACUUUGACGGGAAAUGAGUCCGAGAGGCGAGCCUGGUUGAGGUAGGAAAUUCGUCGUUAUUAACGUGUGAACCUUGUCUGGCGAGGCACUGGUCGUGUAGAAGUGGGCACUGAAAUACGUCGCAGUGAGAUUAGUGCAGAGUAGAAUCAAGUGAGAGGUGUGUUAAAGAACAGGAAGAAAUAUAUAUAUUGUAAAAAGGCAGAGUCUGACAUCCCACGUGGAAGUUUAUGGCAAACUAGUGAAUUAUUUAUGGUGGGAAAAUGAGGACGGUACUGCUUGUAUUAAAUUUAUUCAAACAUCAUACGAAACAUUUGAGUAUAUGAGUGCACGCGCCGAGCUGACAUAUAUUACAUAUUGUGAAAGAAAAGGCGAUGGAAAUCCAGUGAAUAUAUAAACGUUCAUAACACAUUUAUUUUUGUAACCUCAUUUUAUUUUAUUUUUCAUAUUCAAAACUGACGCUUAUAAUGCUCCUACAUAAUGCUUUAGAUAAUAAAGUGUUAAUUAUCCCUAAAUUGCACUGUGGAUAACAUGAUUUAAUAUAACAGACCAGAGAAUCGAGGAAGCAUACAUACAUAUGCAAUAUUGUCGAUCGUAAAGCUAUAUUACACAGAAGCCAACUGCCACAUCGGAAGACUUGAGUGAUGGACUGAAAGUGAAGGAAAAUUAAUCUGUAUAACUAAGCGAAGGAAACAAAGCCUUCCUUCCGCAUAGGCAACAUUAGAGAAAACUCUUAAGAGACAUUACAGAAAGAGGAGCAUUAGAAGAAGAAGAAAGAAAGAGAAAAAAAUCAGGACUAGCCACAGCGACAACCGGGAUGGCGGCCUUCUCUGAAGCAGCUCCCUCUCCUUUGGACCAUGAACUCGACCAAACAAAAGCUAUCAAACAAUCGGUCACGAACAAGUGAAAAAUGGGGGUGGGCGCCCAUUAUCCAGCGGCUGUUUUAUCUUUGAUCCGCCCUUUUGUUCAGCUGGAGUGGUAAAUAGCACAGAAAAGACUCGAUGUUCCAGACUCAUUUUGGAUUCGAAACUUACCCUCAGCUGCUCCGGAAUCCUACCGAGAUAAGAAGAUUUACUUUGAUGAUAUAAAAGAAAAAGAUACAAUGUAUAGACGAGGUUUGGCCCAUUUUAUUUUAUGACUACGAGGAAGAUAACUGAAAUCGAGGCAGGAUUUCGAAACGAGAAGAGGUGACAUUUAGGUUUUAACUGCCAGACAUUUUCUUCGUUUCCCUUUUUUCACGAAGACCGAGAAAAGAUUCGAAACUAGGAACUCGCAAUGGUGAUCAUGACGACCCCGAGAAACCCUCCCAAUCCCCAACGGCCUGGGCUGGUGUUCCGCGGCAGCCUCCUCCUGCUGCUCCUACUGCAGUAUCUUUCCAUCUUCGCGGUGCUGUCUGGAGACGCCGAAGCAGCUACUUUAGAAUCCAUUAACACUGGCCCCGUGUUCUACUCCCACGUCGUCCGCGGAGGCCGGGCGGAGAUGCAGUGUGACAUCAGUACCUCAGACCCAACAGAUCGCGUCAUACUAGUUCUGUGGUAUAAGGACGGAAUUGGCACUCCCAUUUACAGUUAUUACUCGCGGGGGAAAGACAUGUCCAAGCCGAGAGAUUGGUCAGACAAGAAGACACUCGGGGACAGGGGGCACUUCGACCUCAAGUCCUCGCCGGCGGCCCUCGUCCUCGACAACGUGAGGGCGAGUGACGAGGGAAUCUACCGCUGCCGAGUCGAUUUCAAGAAGAGUCCCACACGCAAUGCCAGGACGAAUCUCACUGUUAUUAUUCCUCCCAAUUCGCCGACCAUCUUGGCGGAAAACGGGCUUCAGGUGUGGACGCAGGUCGGGCCAUACAACGAGGGCGCCACCAUGACCCUCAUCUGUGACGUCAGCGGAGGUAAGCCCCCACCUCGCGUCACCUGGUGGCUGGAGGGGGAGAUCAUCGACGACACCUUCGAGAGUCCUCAGUCCAACAUCGUGACGAACACCCUGACGAUUCCGCACCUCACCAGGAAGCACCUCCACGCGUCCCUCGAGUGCAGAGCCUCCAACACCAACCUCAGCGUGCCCGUCCAGACUAUCAUCACCAUCGAUAUGAACUUCAAGCCCCUCACGGCCAAGAUCCUAGGGUCCCGCGAGCCCUUGUCCUCCGGCAGAGAGUACGAGCUGGUGUGCCACAGCGUCGGGGCGCGGCCGUCGGCGUCCAUCACGUGGUGGCUCGACGGAGACCAGCUCACCAACGCCACGACCUCUACUGCCAGCUCGGGGAACGUGACACUCAGCACCCUCACCUUCAUCCCGACGGACGCUGACGGAGGGAAGUUCCUCAAGUGCAAGGCCGAGUCUCCUGUUAUUCACCACACGCACCUCGAGGACCAGUGGAGGCUCGAGGUCUACUACACGCCGCAGGUGAACCUCGCCAUGGGGAGCAGCCUCACCCCGAGCACCAUAAAGGAAGGCGCCGACGUAUACUUCGAGUGCAACAUCCACGCUAACCCUUGGGUAUAUAAGGUCGUUUGGUACCAUAAUGGCAUCCAAGUCCAGCACAACGUCUCCGCGGGCGUCAUCGUCAGUAAUCAAAGUCUAGCCAUACAGCGCGUCCAACGUCAACAAGCCGGUCUGUACACGUGCGUUGCCUCGAACAUCGAAGGCGACGGAGAGAGCAACGCCGUUAGUCUCGAAGUGCAAUAUGCGCCCGUGUGCGCGCCGGGCCAGACGCACGUGUACGGCGCGGCGCGGCACGAGAAAGUGAAUGUGACGUGCCGCCUGGACGCCGUGCCGCCCGCCGUGCAGUUCUUCUGGAAGUUCAACACCAGCGGCGAGGUGGUGGACAUCGCGGAGAACCACGUGGAGUCGCUGGAACUCAAGUCGAUCCUGUCGUACGAGGCGAGAACGGAGCUUGACUACGGCACACUGCUAUGCUGGGGAAGCAACAGCAUCGGGCGGCAAAAGAAGCCCUGUAUCUACAAGGUGAUUCCCGCAGGCCACCCCGACCCUCCGGAGAACUGCAGCCUCUUCAACCAGACGACGGAGGCGCUUCGGAUACGCUGCUUCCCGGGCUACGACGGGGGGCUGCAGCAAAGGUUCAUUAUCGAAGCCUUCGAAACCGAGACGGACAGGCUGCUCCUCAACAUCACGGAAAAAUCGACCCCCGACUUCACGCUGACGGGGCUCGAACCGGGGGCGUCCUACCUGCUCUACAUCUACGCCGCCAACGAGAAGGGGAUCAGUAACAAGCGUCGCAUGCAAGGCUACACGCUCAGGGACGUGGCUGAGAGGCGCACCGCCCAGGUACGACCUCCUCCCGAAGAGCUCAUGUCGUUCACGCCAAUCAUCGCGGUGGUCGUGGGGGUCCUCGGCUCCCUGGUGCUCGUGGCCAUUACCUCGGUGGUCGUGGUGAGCCUCAAGAGGAAGCGUCGGCGCCCCAGGAACAAGACGGUGGCUCUGCCCAUCCAGACGUCGCUGGCCGACUCACGCGACCUCGACGACAAGAACCCGGACUUGAUACCUGCGAACGGCAACAGCGAGACGGAGAACAAAAGUCCCACGACUCCCGAAGAAGGAGGCUUUGGAAGCGUGCAUAUCUGCGCCUCGGUGCCCUACCCUAGUAACGUGUACGGUACUUACCCAAGGACGCCACGGACAGUAGCAGCUACGACUUCCCAGAACGGGGAGCUGAUGUACGCCGAGCUCUCCUUCCCCCGCGGGGGGCAGUACCCCCCCGGGACCCUUCCCCGCCGGAAGCCCGAGCCCACCAUCUACGCCCAGAUCGACCACGGCCUCUCCAGCACCGUGCCGCCCGUGUCCAUGGGCGUCGUGCCCGUGACCAGCGGCAUGAUGGGCGUCACCAGCAUGUGUCCGAGCACCAGCCUCUCGGGCGCCCCCAUCUGCAGCAGCGGCAUGAUGGGCGGAGGCAUGAUGGGCAGCGGCGUGCCGCCCAUCAUGAUGGGCAACCCCGGCAUGGUGCCCGGAGGCAUACCCAUCGGAGACGUGAGCAUCGCCGCCUACACCACGCCCGCGCCGCCCCCGCACGGCUUCGGCGGCCACCCGCUGGCGCCCGCGGUGGUGCCCGAGGAGGACGAGCAGGCCACGGCCGAGACGCCGCUCAUGACCAACCCGAAGGAGAGCGAAGUGUGACCCUUGGACACCCAGGUGUGAGCCGGCCGCGCCUGACCCGCGCGCGACGGACUCCAGACGCCUGACCUUAGUGUGCGGAAUUGCCUGAGCCUUGUGGAGCGGGAACGGAACUUGCCCGGGAUCAGUGCGACAGGGGAAAGGGAGUCCUUGACCUUAGUGGACGCGAGAACGGAAUCGCCGGGAAUUAGUGAAAGACUUGCGUUGGGCGGGAGAUGCUUGACCUUAGUGAAAGGAUGUUGUUCUGUGGAAGAAAAAGAUUCGUUAAAAGUGCUUCACAUUCCGGACCGAAAUGAGGAAUACUCGAUUUGUCCUUUCUCUCUUUCCCUUUAAAAAAAAAGAAGUAAUAUCUAACUUGUCCGAAUAAAGUGAAGGGAAAAGUGCAAGAUUCGGAAUAAGAACGACUGAACAUAGUAUUAGAAACCGCUGAUCGAAUCUGAAUCCCUCUUAUAAGGACUGCAUCCCUGACCUUAGAGAAUCUUCCUCGUAAAAAGAAUAUAUAUACGACUGGACGGACGAAUCGCACCCCAAGCAGUCUCCACCAUGAGGGUUGAAUCCUUCUUCCGCGCUUUUCUUAUUAAGGACAUAUAGUUCUUGUGUCAAUCUCUGCGUCAGUCGCAUCAGCUUCCAAACAAGUGGUUUUCACUUUCAUCCUAUGAAGUGGACUCAUAUUUUUUUUCUUUG